CAUUUCUCCAAGACGAUUCCAUUGUAUCUGUCUAUUCGUGCCCUCAGUAUUUGCCUGCAGUUGUGAAAAAAGAAAUCGCAAUUAAAAAUAUGACAUUUGUCAUCUACAUUUGAAAGAAGCACGUGUUUCACGUAAUGGGAAAACUCUUCAGUAAGAAGAAGUCUCCGAAAUACGACAGUUUCAACUCAACCUCCAAGCAGACGGACAGCCCUGAGAGAGAAGGAGGAGUGAUGUCUUCUAGUCCAGUGCAUCAGGAGGCAGUGGUCAGUCUUGCUGGGGUCCAGACUGGUCUCAGUCUCUCAGGCAGCAAGGAUAAGACCGUGGUCCUGUAUGACUACCAAAACAACCGGCUGGAGGACCGCUGGACAGGACACGAGAGAGAAGUCACCAAGGUGUGCUAUGGUUCCGCGUGUCAUGGCAUGUUCAGUGCAUCCCGGGACAAAUCGGUGAAGAUGUGGCAGAGGGGCAACCCGAACGCCGUGCGAGAGUUUCAAGGUCAUGACCUUGUGGUGACAGCAGUGACCCUCAACCCAGACAAUACGAUGCUGUGUACUGGUUCCCGUGACAACAGCGUGAGAUUGUGGAAUGUGGAGACGGCGAAGUGCCUCAUGCAAAACAGCAUACCACAGAAUCUUGUGACAGACGUCAAGUGGAUCCCCAAUAGUAGUCUCGUGGUGCAGGUGGGGGAGGACAAGCAAGUCAGAUUGUUCGACACUCGUAACCUGAGCGUCAUCCACAGCUUCACCAAGAAGCAAUACAUCCAGAUGUCAUGUGACAUCAGCCCAGAUGGCGUCUACUGCCUCACCUGCAGCAACGGCUUUGGUGGCAACGGCUGUGAAGCUACGCUAUGGGAUCUAAGAAGUCGAUCAUUAAUCCACGAGUUCAAAGGUCACAUAGAGGCCAUUGAGGCAUGUAUAUUCCUCCCAAGCAGUGACCUUCCCCUUGUUGCCACAGCCUCGAGAGACUGCACAGUCAAAGUCUGGAACAGAGACACAAAAGCCCUGGUGUCAGAUUUGUCAAUCAGCGGUGCUGGACCAAUCACCUCUCUUCUGGCAUACGAGGAUGGCAGUGUCCUGGCGGGCUCCUUCAACAUGGGCAUUCAACUGAUGGAACUGAAGAAAGGACAACUCUCCAGAAGGUCACAGUUCUAGUGAUGUCUGACCUAGUCAAGAUAUACUGACCUACCCAGCUGCCAUCAAAUGACAGGGGGUUGCUAGGAACAAGGUGGUCAACCAUUAGUGGUUAUCCCUUAGUAGUGCCUGGUCAUUUGUGAAUGUGAGUCACCUUGUCAAAAUGAAGGUCAAUGUUAUCCCUUAGUAUUGCCUGGUUCUCUAUGAACCACCUUGUCAAUGUGAAGGUCAACUUUAUCCCUUAGUAUUGCCUGGUUCGCUAUGGAAUCACCUUGUCAAUGUGAAGGUCAACUGUAUCCCUUAGGAUUGCCUGGUCAUCUGUUGAGAAUUUGUCAGCAUGAUAGCCACAGUUAUUGUUAGUUUCAAAAUGAUGUUAUCACAUAGUAUUGCCUUAUUGUUCUUAGCAACAUGAUGACCAACUCUGUCCCUAUAAACUGCAAUGAUUCUGUGUAAGCAAUGAUCACCUUUGUCAUUCAGUAUUGGCUGUCACGUUCUGAGCAAUGAUCACCUUAGUCCCUUAAUAUUGGCUGGUCAUAUUGUAACAGUGAUUGCCACUAUCCCUUACUAUUGCUGUUCACAUUGUUAGCAAUUAUCAUCUUUAUCUAUUAGUAUUGCCUGGUCACAUUUUUAACAAUGAUCAUCUUUAUCUAUUAGUAUUGCCUGGUCACAUUGUUAACAAUUAUCACUUUUGUCCCUUGGGACUGCCUUGUACGAUGCUGCAGUCAUGAUUUACCUUUCAAUAUUUACCAGUACUGAUAGGUUUUCUUGUGACAAGUUUGUUGUCAUUUGUGUAGAUUUUGGAUGAGGAUUUUAUCCACUAGGUAAAUGCUGAUUAAGAAUUUUGGAAAUGGGAGAAGCAUGUAUGCUUUUCAAUACUGGGAAUGAAUUUCUUUUCAUGGGGUGACUGAAAAACAUCGACUGCAUCUUAAUGCAUUUCCUGCACCCGUCUACACCCUCCUGCAAGAGUGAUGGUUAUUGCAUUCUUAAAGAUUCAUAUAAGUUAUCAUACUCAGCCUGUUGGUAUAUCACAUAGUGCUUUCUUGUUGUGUUUGACAUGUAACUAUUUCUUCUGAUGUGAUAUAUGUGAUAUAUGGUCAUGUGACCAGGUCAAGGGCACAACUGCUAACCUGGUCGACGUGCUGACAAAAUGUCUUCUACCUUGUCAUUGUGGAGUAUGUGUGUGUUUGGUGAUAGACUGACUGUGAUUUGAAGCUUAUAUCAGUGGCCUUGUGUCAUACGAGGCCAAUCUGUACUAUUAUGUGAUAUUUGUGAUGUAUAUUUUCUGUGAGCAUAUCAGUCAAGAGGAAGAUGAAUUUAACAAGAUAUACCACGUAUAACACUCCAGAUUAGUGAGAAUAUAUGCCUUAUAUCUCUCAUGGGCUGAGAUAUGACAUAUCAACACUGAGAUGCAGGGGUAUACACACUGUAUCACUCAUGAGGUGAGAUACCACACAUUAACACUGAGAUACAAGAGUAUAUAUAUCUCUCAUGACGUGAGAUACCACACAUUAACACUGAGAUACAAGAGUAUAUAUAUCUCUCAUGACGUGAGAUACCACACAUUAACACUGAGAUACAAGAACAUACAUAUCUCUCAUGAGGUGAGAUACCACACAUUAACACUGAGAUACAAGAGUAUAUAUAUAUCUCAUGACGUGAGAUACCACAUAUUAACACUGAGAUACAAGAGUAUAUAUAUCUCUCAUGACGUGAGAUACCACAUAUUAACACUGAGAUACAAGAGUAUAUAUAUCUCUCAUGACGUGAGAUACCACAUAUUAACACUGAGACACAAGAAUAUAUAUAUCUCUCAUGAGGUGAGAUACGACACAUUAACACUGAAAUACUGGCGUAUACACAGUAUCUCUCAAAGCAUGAGAUACCACAAACUAACCCUGCUGACUAUGAGAUAUAUGAUGGACCACAUUUCCCCAGCAGAGACACCCUCAUGCCACACUACGGCACACUGCACUGUGAGAUACAGGACUAAUCCCGUGUUUUCCAUAAUAAAUGCCCUCAUGCAAAAAGUGCCAUGAUCUACAUCAAGAGGAACCUGUAAGAAAUCUUUAUAAAAACUAUGUAAAAAAUAUCCUGUAUCAAACAUAUUUGCACAGCUUUCAUUUAUAUCCCUGCAGAGUAUAAGAGACAUAUAACUCCUUGGUAACUAUUAUCUAAAGAGAUUUAGUUUCAUCGACAUUUGAACUAUUUCUUCUGUACUGCUUGAUUUCUGACAACCAAUUUGAUUUUCAGUACAGUUAUAAAAGUGAGUGAGUGAGUGAGUUGGGUUUUACGCCGCAUUUUUAGCAAUAUUCCAGCAAUAUCACGGCGUGGGACACCGGAAAUGGGCUUGACAUAUUGUACUCAUGUGUGAAUCAAA